AUGAGGCCAGGCUUUUUAAUGCAGUAAUUAAAGUAUCUUAUGUUAAGAUAUAAAUUGUAGCUGAGCUGUUUGUAAAGCAAGACUGUGAUAAUUUUGUUAGUUUCGUUAGGAAUUAUUAAAGAACUUGAUUUAUGGUAGCUUAAAAAGUUAAAUCAAGUUCCUUUUGGAUAGAACAUGCUCUAAAGUCCCAAAACAAAUGCCAUUAAUAAAUAAAGAGCAAAAUGCAUGACUUCAAAUGGAGGAUAUUGCAAAUAAAAUUUAAAUUUGAAAGAAUAAAUUUGGAUAUUCCUGGUGAGAUUGAUGAAAACAAUAUAACUAGUUGAUCUGUGUAUGCAAUUACCAGGGUUAAUAAUCCUUAUUGGUUUGAAUGAGAAUUUUUAGCAGAUUGCAUGA